ACUGACACACACACGCGGGGAUUGCGAGUAGGGAUGAGGUGUGGAUAGUGUGGGUGACUGUGGGUGAGCGGUGGUGGUGGAGUGUGCGGUGGUAAUGGGCGAGUGACCCGGACGCGUUUGGUCAUGACGCACUGAGAGUGGGGUGAGGCACUCGCACGCUCGACGACAGCUCGGCCCAGCCACGGAGAGAUCAACUCUCUCGGCCAGCGCCAUAUAUUGUGAAAACACCAACUACACACACAACAUACAUAAUCAACAAUACAACGCACAGCGCGACACACACACAGCGCAAUACACACGUGUAACACACCUGCACAUCUAACACUAUUACGACAGGCGUGCUCUGAGGCCCAGUGUGCUCUGUCACAGGCGCGCCUGAACACUACAUACACUCUAAACACGCGUUAAACAUACACACCAUACACCAAACAGGCGUUAAUCACGUCAGAAACAACACGCACACCACGCGUACACACGGCGCUCAACACACGCGUCGCGCCUGCCUCCUCGCUCCCAGGCAGCGAGGCCUUGGCGCGCGAGCCUCCUCACCUCGCCCACGCCCUGCACAGUACUCGCACACAAGCCGACUAAAACACACACUAAAACACACUAAACACACAUUAAACACGGAUACAGAUUAAAAACACGCACCUACCAAAUACAGUAUACACGGGAUUCAAUACCUUGAUUAGCACGGUUGGUUACGUACGGUGCGAAAUAAGUUACAUUUACGUAUUGCACACAUUACAUACAUUAAAUAUAUUCCACGUUAACCAUUACGCAAAAAAUAAGCACACGAGAACCACUCUCUACAUCCAAGUAGGUAGGUAGGUGCAUUCAAGACGCAGACACGCAGAAGCCGAAGACUGGCGAGCAGCUGCCGCCCCCGGCCCGGGUCGCCAGCCAUGGACGGGGGGCCCGGCAGUAGCGGCAGCGGCGGCAGCGGCAGCAGCAGCGUGCCGGCCUUCCUGAGCAAGCUCUGGACGCUGGUGGAGGACCCCGAUACAAACGAGCUCAUCUGCUGGAGCCCGAAUGGACUCAGCUUCCAUGUGUUCGACCAGGGUCACUUUGCCAAAGAGGUGCUGCCCAAGUACUUCAAGCAUAACAACAUGGCCAGCUUUGUGAGACAACUCAAUAUGUAUGGAUUUCGCAAAGUGGUCAACAUUGAGCAGGGAGGGCUAUUGAAGCCGGAAAAGGAUGAGACGGAGUUCCAGCACCCAUACUUCAUCCGAGGCCAAGAGAAUCUGCUGGAGCACAUCAAGCGGAAGGUCUCAGCAGUGAAGCCUGAGGAUAUGCGUGUGCAGCAGGGAGACAUGGGCAGGAUCAUAAGUGAUGUCCAGCAGAUUCGCGGGAGGCAAGAGAAUAUGGACAACCGACUCAACACCAUGAAAAUGGAGAAUGAGGCUCUCUGGAGAGAAGUUGCCUCUCUGCGCCAGAAGCAUGCGCAACAGCAGAAGGUGGUUAAUAAGCUGAUCCAAUUCCUCGUUUCCCUGGUGCAGUCAAAUCGAGUCAUCGGGGUCAAGCGGAAGCUGCCUUUGAUGCUCAACGACAGCAGCUCGUCGCACUCGCUGCCCAAGUACGGCCGUCCCCUCUCCAUCGAGCCGCUCGAUGACUACACUGUAACAACUUCAUCUGGUAACGGAUUUGGUGACAAGACCCUCGCGUCGAGUGGGCCCAUCAUCUCGGACAUCACGGACAUGUCUCACAGCAGCCCCUCAGCUGGCGGCUCCGACUACGAGGAGUAUACACCGGUCAUCAUUAAGGAGGAGCCCCACAGCCCAAACCUGGUGCUAGGCCCUGACGACUUGCUGCCCUUGGAGCCGCAGGAUGAGGUCGCCGAGAUUCCGCUGGGCUCCGCCGAGGCGGUGUGCAGCGGCCUGCUGUCCCCGUCGUCCCUCAUCGACACCAUCUUGGAAGAAGACAGCGGUGGUGACGGCGGCGAUGAUGGCUGCGGUGACGGCAAGCCGGUCACCUUGCCCCUUCCAGAGCAAGUGCUCCCGCCGGCCAAUCCAAACGCUGCCACCGAUGAGAAGUGUCUCAGCGUCGCCUGCUUGGACAGUGCCGUGCAAGCCCAGCUGCUUCAUGAUGCCAGUAGGGUCAUGUCCUCUGGUCAAUCCUCUCCCUCCUCCUUUUACACAGGGGGGGAGUUCUCCGACCACCUGGAGACGAUCGACGCGAGCCUGGACAACCUGCAGGCGCUGCUGUCAAGCCAGCAGCUGAGCUACGAGUCCCUCACUCUGCACGACCUCUUCAGUUCUUCCCACCAUGACCUGGGGCUUCCGGAUUUCUAUGGCAACCUCACCUCGGAGCUCCUGAACAGCCCAGAGCAGAGGAUACUAGAGCCCGACGUCUCUGACUCCAGGAAGCAGGUGGUGCAGUAUGUGAGCUCCCCUCUCAUCCUGCCGGAUCCAGACCUCGGGCCACCGGGCCAAGGUGACCUCAGUCCAUCUGACCUCUUUGAUCUGGCCUCUGAUUGCAAUUACUUCCUGCUCGGCAAAGAGGCAUCCCCCAGUGCACCGGGGUCUCCCACGCCCAACGCGUCGACGACAGCGAUGGCUGCGACUGCUGCUGCCACAGCUCCGACCACCUCCCCAAGCCAGGUUCCCGACCCCGCGCUGUCCUAGCCCUGCCUGCCGCUCAGCUGUUUUAAACUACAUGCGAACAAUGUGGUGGAGGGCUUUACAAAAAAAUGCUGUUUUUGUACAUGAAGUAGAUGUCAGUGCUGCUGCACGUUCCUGGCCACGCUGGCAGUCGGGCAGUGUGUGUGUGCGCGUUAAUAAAAAUGUUUUUGGAAUGUAAUAGCCGACAUUCAUUGCUGACGUUAAAUCCUGCAUUUAUAACAAAUGCUUCCUCGUGGACACUUGCGAAGUAAAAAAAAAAAGCGUUUUAAUGUUUAUUUGAAGACUAAAGAUAAUAUUUUGUUCCACAAGAAAGAGAAUAGGAUAUUUUGUCUCUGUUCUGCCAUUCUGCCAUAUUUAGCGAGUGGAAUGGAGCAUGGGAAUUCAUGGGGUCUGAGCAAUUUCAGCUGCAAUUGCUGGUGGCAGGGUUUCUAAUUGCUAUUUUACAGAUCAUUUGCAGAGCAACGACCGAGUCGCCCUCUUAUCCUCUUGCCAUAGUGACAUGUCGCUAGUCCCAGUUGUGAAAAACAUUGUCCCAGAAGUUUUGAAGAAAUUAACACAGAUGGGAGAGGAGCAAUGUCAUUGCUGUGAUGAGGGCUGCAGGCUUUUGCAGGUGGUUCACUGCUUCACACAGCAUCACUCGGAGGAAUGUUCUUGACGUUAUUGAGAUGAGCGAGCAUAGACUUCAGCGCAGCCUCGUGUAUUUUAGUGGGUCAGAGCCCAUCAAGAUGUCGGUUGCAGAUGGACGCUUGUGAUUUCUUUUGUAGUCGCAGGUAAUUUUCAUACAGUACAAUGUCGCAUAUCCGACUCAUGUAUCCGCCCUGACCAAUUAACUGCCCCCCCCACCUAGUUUAGGGAAAAUGUCAUCUGCCUUGUCUGCAGUAUCUGCAACGGCUCGAGAAUUUGGCCCAGUGACAUCUGUGCUCAUGUAGCCAUGGGUUAACGUGGCUCAAACACAGAGAUCCUUGACAAAGAGAAGCAGGGAUGACUUGGUUCGGAGUUGAGGCCAUUCCAUGUAAGCUGCUGUUCAUGGAGUACCUUUGGUCUUAUAUUUAUUUUAAUACUUUGUUUGGAGGUUUCUUGUAUAUUAUAAACUGCGUAGUAAUGUAAAGUACUGUAUUUUCAUUAACUUUUAAUAAACGUCCAUUGUUUAAAGCAGAUUGUGCUUUACCUGUGUCUAAUAAUCUAGUAUAUUUGGUAUUUGCUCUCCAUCCUUAUAGUCGAGGCUAUCACUAAGGAAAGCACUGCUAAGUUCAGUCUGCAGUAGUUUCACUGUAGGGGGCGAUGUUUCUACGUGUAAUCCCAAUUCAGUACUUUGCGGCUAAAUACAAAAAUUUGGCAAAUUUGGAACAUGGCGCCGGCGAUGGCCUCGUAUUGAAUGACGUCAGACGAUCCUUAAACAUCCACCGUGAACCAAGUGUUAUGCAUUUUAUGGUUAAUGCACCCCGAGUAAUGAACAGGGCUGCCGCUUGAUUUGAACCACGAAUCUCUGCAACAAGCGGUAAACGCACUCCCGCUGGGCCGCAUCACUGCCCCGUGUGCACGGUAUAACCAUCGUUUUCUAUCGCCGUUAACUCGUCUUAUCUAUUCACAUUUCUACCAAGGCCUCGGUUUCCAGAGUUUCGGAUAUGCGACUUUAUGCUGUGUUUAGGUUUUGGGCUAUAACGCCGCACAGAGGAAAAUGUGUAAUGGAAAAAAUGUAUUUGAGCAGCAAAGCCACAAAUACAGACGUUUAGAUGGAAUUGAUGGCAAAAGUUUGGCUCUUGGAGGGUAAACACAUCGGCAUGCGUGUGAGCCACACGCUGACUCAGCCCUGUGCUUGCACUUCACGAUGCUGUGGCCUGUUGACGAGUGUAGUUGCUUGUUCUUCUACUCUCCUCAACUCGAAUCCUAAACACCUGGGUCUUCUGCAAAGAAAGGCCUACUCAAGAGGAUAAGUAGAAACCCAUUGCCUUUGGUUACUUCUCAUUCAUAUAAUAACUUAGACUCGUUACAUGCACAGUAUUCGCGCGCUCUUAAAGACAGAAGGACUUGGAUGCGUGAGGAGGAACCACAGACGAGUGGAAAGGCAACGUGGUGAGCCGCCACUAUCAUUAGUUGCUCAAUCUCUUGGGUCUUCUAUAAAAUGUUUUUAACCAGUGGAGUGUUUGUACAGUGGGAGGAAACUGGAUCACCCGGAGAAACCCACGUGUGCAAGGCGGUUGGGGGGAAGGCAACAAUGUUCCGUACAGAUGGAAACAGAUGAAGAUUAAUCCGCUUGCUGUACUGCAUUCUGGCAAGCCAGGCAAUGACAACCUCGACGCCCGUACUUUAAAGUGCAAUUGCUCUCCGCAACAUCGGCAUGCGACUGGUUUCACAACUCACAAGUGGACGAGGGUAGAUCUUUUUACUGUAUCUUUGAGCUACAUUUAUUUGUUGCAGUGUUAAUCAUUAGGAAAUGGGAUUUUAAAAAAAAAUAACUGAAUGUUUUUGUGUUUUGGUUUUUUUUUUCCAAUUCUAGAGUUGCAGUGAUGCAUUUUGGUGACGUGAGUAGCAUUUGUAGUUCCCUGUACUUGCAGCAGGCCCAAUGUACAGAAAUGCCUUCAAGGCAACUGGAUAAAGUGUUAGAGUUAUGCAGUAACCAAGUGUUAAGCGUAAAGUUGCAAUGGAUGACGUUUCUAGUAUAAUUGCUUUUGAUUGAAAGUACACUUGAAAAGUUUAACCAAUAGUAAUAUAGCUGUGCCAAUCCAAAAUAUGUAUACAAAUAAUACUAUACUUUUCUAUAUUAAUUUACUUGAAUUGCGCAUUUUAUAUAUAUAUCUCAAGUGUGACUCCGCAAUAUGGCCACGCAGGGGGGCGGCUCGGGUUCUUUGCAUGCGGAGCUCACUCUCUUGCGCAGUAAUUACAUCGUUAAGCGCUCUCGUAUCCUCAGGCCUCACAUGCGACCGCCACUGGAGAAUUCAAUUUCGGUGAAGCAAAAGCGCAGUAAUUUGACUUGCUUACCCAGCAAAGCCUCACAGUCGCAUAACUCUUUCAGGAGGGUCCUGCAAAGUUUUCGCAGUAUGGGACAAUGUUGCUGCUGUGUGUAGUCUCAAUUCAGUAAUUUUCAUAUACUUUCCAGCAUUGUUAUGUUUACAUUGUUUUAACGAUGGGAGGAAACCGAAGAACUUGGAGGAAUUUUGAUUUAAAGCUUUUGUGACUGCAGUAAUUCAUAUUCUUAGCUCUUUCCAUAAAGUCACGUUGAAGGGAAACAAUAAAAUAAUAAAAUAUAUAUUUUAUUAUUUUAUUUUUCCCUUCGACUUGGAGGAAACCCAUGCAGAUCUCAGUGAGAACAUACCAAGUCCACACAGCACCCAAGUUAGAAAUUGAACCUAGGUCCUUUUUGCCAUGAGCCACGAGUGUUACCACUGCACCACCCUCCAUGAAUGCCAAUUGAAAUAUAAGGAAGAAAUAUUAGUCAAUUAUGCGAUUGUGACGUUUCCGUGGGCUUUAUAUUACAACUUAAACAGUUGGAUGAUGUGUUGUUUUGACUUGUAAAAUCAGUAAUCUUGGAUUCAAUUCUAGAUUUGAAGCUUUCUUGACUGCAAGGAUCCAUACUCUUUGGUUCUAUUCGGUAAAGUCACGUGAUUUUUGUUGUUUUAUUUUUUACCUACGUGACUUUACCGAAUAGAACCAAAGAGUAUGAAUCUUGGAUUCAUUCAGUCAAGACGACAGUUUAGAGUGAAAAUCACACACUACCAGCCACUGCUGCUUAGCGCAGAAUUCUCGUCCAAUAGGAUGCGCCACUUGUGCCGCAUAACGAUUGUUAUUUUACCCCAUGUACAGUACAUGGACUGUCAUUUCGUCAGUCCAGUGUCAGAAGAGGGCCUUGCCAUGCAUUGCAGGUGAGGGUUAAAUUACCAUACCUCGCUUUGCUGGUCAUCACAGGCUGGCAAAGGUAGGUGAGCAUUGAAGAGCAUUAUUACAAAUACAUUUGGUACCCUCUACUGCUAAUCUUUGUAGCCCCAUAACCUAUAACAAUCUUUUUGAUUUAAAGCUUUUGUGACUGCAGGGAUUCAUAUUCUUGGUUCUUUCGGUAAAGUCACGUAGAAGGGAAACAAUAAAAUAAUAAAAAUAUAAAACAAUAAAAUUCUCACUAUAACAAUCUGUUGUGCAUGGUGGUUGUCCAUCCAACAACUAUCCAGGCUCAUAUCUCCUUAGCUUCUGAGAUCUGGCAAGAACGAGCCGGGCACAUUCUCGGCGAUUUGGCCACGAGCUUUUGUAACUCGUAUCAUCUGAGUCUCUAACUGUCCUGUACGUGUAAGCAAAAAUAUUUUUAAAAUAUUUGUAACGACAUGACUUAGUGUCGGCUAAAACGGAGCUUUAGGGAAUUCGGUCAUUGCUUGCAGCCCUCGUGUGUGAGGUGUGUACAAACAAAUGGUGUAAAACUCGCCUCGCUCUUUAACUGCAGGGCAUGAGACUUGUACAUUGAUGCAAGAUGAGAUAAUGGAAUGAGCAGUGGGAAUUUACAACUUCACACAGGUUUUCACAGCCAAUGUUUAGCUCUGGGUGUGUGAGGGUCCAAUAGGCAAGUAGGGUGGACACAAGAAAAAGCAUGCCCUUUGGUGCUUUCGGUAAAGUCACGUAGAUAGAAAAAUAAUAGAUCACGACGUUUUGAUCGCAACUCAGGCAAUCAUCAAGAAAAAGCGUUUUGUCUCAUUUAAAAUAAAAGAGCA